AUGGCCGAACAAUAUCUUCCCGAUUCGACAGAUUGGCUCUCAACGCCCCUUAGCGCUCUUGCCGCUGUUGAGAACGCAUUGCGAUGUCAGGUGUGCAAGGACUUCUUCAAGACGCCCAUGAUCACUAGCUGCUCCCAUACAUUCUGCUCCCUGUGUAUUAGACGAGUACUGUCCAGCGAUGGCAAGUGUCCGCUUUGCCGUGCGACAGAACAAGAGAACAAACUGCGAAGCAAUUGGUCAUUAGAAGAGGCUGUACAAGCCUUCAUCAGCGCCAGGUCCGCAACUUUAGAAUUGGCACGGGGGGACAAGCUCCAGCCAUCGGCGCCGAAGCGAAAGACGGCGGAAGAACAUCACGACACUGAUGGUGCGCCGAAUGGCAAACGGCUGCGUUCGUCCGCGCGAUUACAGAAAACUCAGCCUGCAGCUCCUAUGACAGAACAAACAGAAGAUGACGGAACUAUCGAAGUGCCAGACAGUGACGACGAUGGUGAAUAUCAACCAGAAUUAGACGAUGGUCUUGUGGCGUGUCCAGUCUGCCAAGAUCGAAUGAAGGAAUGGCAGGUCUUCAAGCACCUGGAAACAUGUACUGGUCCCAAGACGAAACCGCACCGAACCCAUGCGAGCAGUUCCAGCUCAAUAUACAGCCAACAACGACAGCCCGGGACGGCGCCAGAAAGACUCCCCACAAUCAAUUAUUCUAUGUACAAAGAACAGGCGCUGCGCAAGAAAAUGGCUGAUCUAGGCAUAUCGAACCAGGGCCCCCGUGCUUUGCUUGAACGUCGGCACAAAGAAUGGAUGACAAUAUGGAACUCAAAUUGUGAUGCUGCACGGCCUAGAAAGCGCCAUGAAUUAUUACACGAUCUGGAUGUCUGGGAGAAGACGCAGGGAGGACGGGCCCCGACUACUGGGCGGGCUGUUCAAAACGCGGCCAUCAUCAAAGACAAAGACUUCGAUGCCGCAGCUUGGGCAGCUAAGCACGACACCUCCUUUAAAGACUUGAUCGCAAAUGCCAGAAAGACGAGGCUUGACGCAAAAAGGAAGGCUGAGGAAGCAGCGAAAGAAACUGAAAAGGAACAGAAUGCCAAUACACUUCCUCAAGUGCAGGGUUCGGAGGCUUUUGAGCAACAACAUUCCUCCCAAGAUGGGCGCGCCUUGUUACCGUCCACGACCAGUCCGUCAGAGGGUCAAGAAGUGUCACAAAAAGUUAGUGGGCUAGUAGUCCCCAACAUGGCGGGACCAAGAGGCACAACUCAUCAAGCAUCAUCACAACUGGACCAAGGUAUCUCAUAUUCCGAUGAGCGGUUGGAGGAACCUUCAAGAUCUCAACCCGCUAUCAGCGACAGAUCAAAUAUGGACAGACAACCAAUGUAUAUGCACACAGAUGGGAACCUGCAUGACACAACAAUAAAUCACUCCUGA